UUCCUUGUUUUGGUUAGUGGGAUGGCCUAAGGUGUGAUAUAAAGUGCUUUUGCAGAGUGGUGAUUCAUUUCAGUAGAGAACACAUGACAGGAAAGCAUUUGUUUUCAGCCAUCAAAAGAUGUUUCGGAUCCCUGUGUGGCUGCUGUUGGGACUGUUGACAUGUACGUUAACGUCCUGCUUGAUCACAUGUCCCGAUGGUCGUGAGUGUCCCAAUCACUCAACCUGCUGUGUGGGUGAGGAGGGAUAUUCCUGCUGUUUCUAUCCACAGGCCGUGUGCUGCUCUGACAAGGUCCACUGCUGCCCUUCUGGGUUUCGUUGUAACAUGACCGCCGGGUUUUGUGAGAGAGAGAACAAGCCGUGGAUGAGCAUGCCUAUGGUAAAGAAGGAGGCCGCGGUUGACAACAGCCACAUCCGAGAGCGACAGAAGAGUUCUGUUGUGUUUUGUGACAACCACUGGGCUUGUGCUGAUGGUACAACCUGCUGCAGACACCCCAAAGGAGGCUGGUUCUGCUGCCCCCUGUCACCUGCUCGGUGCUGUCUGGAUGGGUACCACUGUUGUCCGUACGGCUACGACUGUGACCACACUUACACCAGAUGUGUACGGGAAGGCCUGACUUACCCUUUCACCCCCGAACAACCAGCAGCUUCACGCCCUGCCUUCCGUAUUUCGAUUUCAGAGGAUGAAGGCAGAGUAAAGGAGACACCAAUGGCAGCUCUAACAGAGGCCAGUGACGGCACAAAUGGGCUUGGAAUCAUUCGCUGUGAUUCAAUGCACUACUGCCCAACAGGGACGACUUGCUGUAAAGGACUGGCAAGGCAGUGGAGUUGCUGCCCUUACCCACUGGGUCAGUGCUGCUUAGAUGGUCGUCAUUGCUGUGAGUAUGGAUACACCUGUGACCCCUUGUCUCAAUCAUGCAGAAGAUUUUACUCUCAGAUCCCCGCAGGGACCCAGCAAAAGGCCAAAGCAGACCGAACGCUUUGACUUUGAGACUUUGGUUUUUGCAUCCUGACACCUUCACCUAUAUCGCUUCAUCAGUUUGGUUUUGGUGCGACUUUUAAGAUGAGCUCUAACAGAGUGUAUUUUUUCAUUGGAGGAAUCAACAAUUAUUAUGAUGUGGGAUUUUGGUUAAAAUUAGAUUAGUGGCCUUUUCAUUUAGCAUAAGAUUUCCUUGAACUGUUUGCAUCCAUGGGUUUCAUUUACCCUCACUCUUAUAAUGUGGGUAAUUUCAUAUUCUGAUUGAACAUUAACCCUUUAACCUCUGAGACAGUAUUUUAAUGAAAGAGGCUGCAUCUGUUUCAGUGUCAUAAAAGCUGCUGUGAGUAUGGGCUUGUGUUCCUUUUCUUCAGUGGUUUUAUUUUACUGUGCGUUUUAGGUCAAAACAGGGUGGAAUAACAGAAAAAGACAAAGAGAGGAAUUGAAGUUUUACAAGUUUUUACUAUAUAAGGCACUAAGAAUGUACAGCAAUAAGAGAUUUAGGAUGAACUGUGAACUGGAACACACUGAACAACAAGGAUUUGAAUUUUGUCUCAGUAGUUUUUGUUUUUCUUUUUUUUCUAUAUCAGUCCAGCUGCUUUUUGACACCUG